GUUAUUCAUUUGAUUUAUGUGCGCUCACCUGAACGGCUUGAAAAUGGAAGAUUUGCGCGCUUUAAACAACUGCGAGCCGUUUAAACAGCUACGCACUGGACUUACCAACUAUCAUACAUUUGUGAAGCCGUUGAAUAGCUUCAACUAUAUUAGCGGCAAUGAUCAACAAAUCAAGGAUAUAGCAGAAGUUGUGCUAAAUGUGCUGCUGGAGCAUGAACUGGUUAUUGAGAACAUAUUCCUAGUUAAGGCUGAGGAGCAUCUGGAGGUCAAAGUGAAUCCUGCAGGUGACUUGGAUCGUCUGCGCGGCAUACUAAUGUAUUUGCUACUGAACACCGCCAUGGGCAACCAGGAGAAGGAGUUGGAACUGGCCAAGUGGAACCCGCAGUUUGUGCACUUGCUCAAACAGUUGCCGGAGCCGCUGACGCAGGUUUUGACUGUGAGCAUCGCUUUGCUCUGCGGCCUCCACGAGUUGCUCUUCGAGUUCCUCGCCUAUGGGCCCGCCUGGCUCACAUCUCAAUACUUCGAUGGUCUCAGCGGUGUCCUGAACCACUUUGUGGAGAAUACGGUGGAUAGGCUCUCGUACAUUGCCGGCGCCCUGAACGCCGUCACUAACGCAAUCUGCCAUAAAUAUUCAAUGCCGAUCAUCGAUAACUCGAUGGCGCUGCUCCAGCGUCACUUGCUAUCUAGCGAAGAUCGUCUGCGCAGCGCUCUGCCCACCAGCAGCGGCCGUAACCGUUAUUUGGGCAAAUCGAUUUGCAUGCUGCUCGAUGUCAUCGUCAAGAUCUUGAAUUGCCUGGAGAAGCCGCCACAGGCACCCGACUACGCGGCCAUAUAUACAAUGAACGCGUCGCCGGUGCAACCGGACAAUGUUCCUCUGCCCUCGGCUCAGCAGCAGCUGGAGAUCUUUGUCUGCAAACUAAUGGACUCCGUCCAGCUGCUGUUGCAGUUGAUCAGCGUGGACACCUAUAUGACCUGGCACGAGAUGAAGUCCGAUCACAUUCUCUUCAACAUGCAGGCCCAAGUGAGCAACAGGUGCCUGAAGGUCACCCAACUGCUGGCUUCUGGGCAGAAUAAGUACGAGUCGCUCUUCAAUCAUUCGCUCAAUUCUCAGCUCUCGAGCUUUGUGGGUGGCGCCCAGACCAUCGAGCAGUGUCUGUCUGACCUCACCCUGGGCGAGCUGCUCAGCUUGCUGGACGGCGACUCGGGUGAAGUGACUGAUGAGGAACUGUCUAAGGCGCUCGAUGAGCUGCUGUCCCGUUCCAUUUCGUUCGGCAGCGCUGAGUGUGUCCAGAGCAUGAUUACGCACAAGCGUCUAAUGGGUACUAAGCAUCUCUUGCUGAUGAUUGAACACUUGGGUCAAGUGGUGCAGCUGCGUAAAGCAGAGGCUGCAGAGAUCGACGUCAACUUUCCUGCUGGCAAUCAGGAAAAUGGGCAGGCUGAUAAAGAUGCACAGCAGAAAACGGACACUCAGCAUCCAUUUGCAGACAGUGCAGCUACUGAGGAGGAGACGGAGCCAUUGCUAUCGGGUGAGAACGAAGAUGAAACAGACGAUAACUGCACGUCCAGUGAGGACGACGAUGAUUCAUACCAGUAUGACAAUGAGAUAGCGGAUGUCAAUGUGCCGUAUACCGAGCUUAUAAGCAGCCUAGUGGUACCCCUUUACAAGGACAUUACAGACAUCCAGGUGAAGAUGGAAAUACUGAAUAAGCGCGAGGAGCUGAAUCUGCUGGAUCAGUUCGUAUUCUACCAGCCAGAUCAUGUGCCACGCCGCAUCUUCUUCUACAAUCAGCUGACCUACUUAAAGGACCGCUUCCCAAUCAAUGAAUUUCUGAAUCUGUGCUUCGAGCAGCCCGAAGAGUCCUGGCUGGACUUCGCCCGUUUGGGCAUGAAGCAUAAGAAAUUCUGUCUGCUCUACUUGGGUGUCAUCAAGCGUUGUCUGCCCCACUCGCUGAUCCUAAUGGAAUCGACUGUCAAGAGUCUGCUGUACGACACCCAGCUGAUCACCCAACGCGCCAACACUCAGUAUGCCUUGGCCUCGACAGAGAUGCUGCUGUGUCUCUAUCAGCAGCCCAUCCUGUUGCAGAAGUUUGACACGCCUCUGCCAAUGCUGAUGCUGCAGCAGCAUAAGCUGCCCUUCCGGCACAGUCAGGAGCGCUUCUUGGCUGACCUAGCCGGGGCCUUGUCCAAGUACUCAAAGAACAAUAACUUCAACGCCGUGGAGAAGACAAUGCUACUGCUGCUCCAGCUGGAUUCUGUGGAGCGGCAGCUGAUGAAGACCGCCAAGGAUAGGGUGAGGACAAAGCACACCCACCUCAAUAGAUUGUUGCAAUCCAAGGCAAGGACAAAUUGCAAUACCAAAAGCUACUCAUCAUCGAUCAUCGCAGUCGAGGUGCGCCGAGCGCGCUAUCAGCUGCAGCUGGCCAAGGCCCAUUUGAUUCAGUACAACUCAUUCCACAGAUAUAGAGUAACCAACUGGGACAUCAUCGCCCAGGUAGUCCUAACCAUGGAUCGGCUGAGAGAGAAGCCAGAGAACUUCCAGCUGAGGCGCAUCGCAGCGCUCGACCAAACUAUAAAGUAUUACAUACAAUAUGCGAGCCGCCUAAUAACGAGCAACGAAGAGAUGCGUGGGCGCUUGCGCCAGCUCAUUGAUCAGAAGGUAGAGCACAAACACUUGUGGCACAACGAGGAGUUGGACAUGCUAAGGGAUGUGAAGCGUUCGAUUGCUGGAUAUACCAAGCUGAUUAGCGUGGCAUCGACUGUGGAGGCGAUGCAGCUGCUGCGCAACGCGAUUCGUCUUAGUCUCAGCUUGGCUGUGUUGAAGCGCUUCGCGGAUCAGGUGGAUACUAUGGACUCAGACAGGGGCCAAUAUGCUUACAACUUUAUAUUCAAGUGCUACAUGCAAGUGAUCAGCUCUGAAAUGAUUCAGAAGGCCAACCCCAGCAGGUAUCCGAUGCUCAUUGAGCACAUUUUGCGUGCGCCAAAACUCGACAAGCCCGAAAAUAUGCGUGCCGCAAUGCCGAAUUUGAAAAUUCUACUUCGUCCCUCUGGCCUUAGGAACCGAAUACUCAUACAGCGUUAUGUCGCCGAUACUCUAGCUGCAGCCAACCGCAACUGA